AUGAGGUUCUUUGGCAACGUCGAUAGAAAGGGGUACGAAGCGCUCGACACAGAAGAUUCUUCUGAAGCGAAUGUUCCUCCCCCACCCUAUUCAGCUGCUGAAAGGGACGAAGAGGCUUCAGCUCCCUCGUCUACCGAUUUAAGAAAGGACUAUCAAUCCUUCGAUGACUACCAGCCGUCACCACCACCACCAUCAUCAUCGCAGUAUCCUUACCACCAACAACAACAGCAGAAGCGAGUUCCCGAUGCAGCCGUGUCAUCAUCGUCAAGUCCUACAGGCCCCGAAAGCAAAGUACAGCAGCCAGCUCAUUCUGGAAUAUUCAUGGGCGCCGGUGGACCGUCAUGGGGAAAGAAACCCGGCGCUUCCAGCGGUGGUCAUGGCAACGACAACGACUUGGGCUGGGGAAGACGACAAAGAUGUGGUAGAGGUCGAAGAAACGGACGGCCUUGCUACAUUCGCUCUUUUUGCCAAAAGCUCAAAGACCCCAGACGUCGAAACAUCAUCCUGGCGGGCUUUGUUAGUGGUGUUCUCUUUUUCAUGUUCCUGACUCGUUUUAUCUUCCCUGCCCUCUGGCACUCCGGCGACCAUUGUUUCCGCGACGGAUCCGCGAUCUGGGAUGCUCUUCCCGAACAGAUCACCUUUGCAGAUGCUGUUCGCGUCAAUAUCAACGGCGGUGUUGCCGGUGGUAAAAUCCAACUCAAGCACAGCACGACCCAAGAAGGCAUUGUCAGCACACGCGUUAAUGUGGCGCCCAACGAGUUGAUGAAACAGAUGCAGUACAGCUUAGAUCGUGUGGGUGGCGAAACCCAACUGUCGAUUGACUUGCCUCAGCAUGGCGGCUCCCACUUUUUCACAUGCGUCUAUGUGGACAUGCAGAUCUACAUACCCAUCGACGCCAUAUCUGUGUCUGUGUCUACUACCAAUAUGGAGAUUGUCGCGGAUGAGGAGCUUUUGGCAGAAUCGCUGCAGCUCCAAACGUCGAAUGCACGCAUCAAACUUGAUGGUGGAUGGCGUGGUGAAAAAGUCAAACUUCAAACAAAGAAUGCCGCAUUGGAUAUCCGCGGAUCAUCGUCGUCCCUGCAUGCUAAAGAUUCUAUUGACUUGCAGACAUCCAACGGUGCUAUCCGCUUGGAUGGUGCUGAUACAAUUACCGGUGCCAUCCGUUUGACAUCAUCUAAUGGUCGUAUUGCGACCCGAGACACGCAUGCGGCAAGUUUGCUUGACGUGUCAACAUCGAAUGCCCGUGUGACUUUGGAGCGUACAACAGCACCCACCGUGGUUGCUCGCACGAGCAAUGGCCGCGUUGCAUUGAAACAUGUCACUGCUGAUGACUCCUUGGUCGUACAAACAUCAAACGGAUCGAUCCGUGCUCAAGUCGAAGGCUCCGAACAUGUCCAAGCAACUUUCCAAUCCUCCAACGGUAAAAUAAGAGUCAAUAUGCCUCGACAGUUUAUUGGUCCUUUCAAGGUCAUCUCAUCUUCUGCAAAGGUGGCCGUCUCUGGAAAUGACGUUACGCUUGAAUCUGACAGACCCUAUGAAAAGAUUGGCUACAGAACCAGUAAAGAAGCCGAAGGUUUUGUUAACAUUCAUACAUCAAAUUCCCGCGCCAAGCUUAUAUUUUAA